GGUUGAAGGUGGAAAAAGCCAAGCUCGCUCAUCCUCUCUCUCUUCCUCUCGCUCUCACACACAGACAGAAGAAAACCUACCAAGGCUAAAGGGAUGGCCCACUAGCGUCAUCGUUUCCAUCCAUGCAUUUAUGUUAAAGUACCAAGUCGAUAUUAUUGGAGCACAAAUUUAAACAAGAACCCAAUCAAAGCUGAAACUCGAUCUAGUUUUGCUCUUCCACCUCUGUUUGGCCUCAGAGAGAGGCAGGGUGGCUUUUGGGUGUUUUUUUUUUGUCUUAAAUUUUAUACUGUUUUCAAAGCAUACUAGAACUUCAUGACUCAUGAAGGAACUGGGUUACGUUAAAAUUUAAGUUCUAACUGAUAUUUGCAGAUUUUUGGGUUUCUUCACUUUUUCCUUUUAGAGUCGAUAAUCUGAAGGAGACGGAGCUCGGAAACGAAAUAUACGAUGGCUAGGUUCAGAUCAGAAUGGCGGGGUUCGAGGUUGAUUGAAAUAUUUGCGAUUAGUUUUCUCAUGGCUUCGUUGUUUGUUUCGACAAAAGGAAGCUUGGAGCAAGAAGCUUCAAGUUAUAGUGAGAAAGAAGAGGUUGAGUCUGACUAUUACGUUAUGAAAGUAUUGAAUUUCUUCUGGCAACCGGGCCGAUUGGGUUAUACACAUGUUUGGCCGGAGAUGGAAUUUGGCUGGAAAAUUAUUGUUGGUACCAUAAUAGGAUUCUUUGGGUCAGCUUUUGGAACUGUGGGAGGAGUUGGUGGGGGUGGCAUUUUUGUUCCUAUGCUCACCCUUAUUAUUGGGUUUGAUCAGAAAUCCUCAACAGCAAUUUCAAAAUGUAUGAUCAUGGGUGGAGCUGGCGCAACUGUUUUCUACAAUUUAAAGCAAAGGCAUCCUACACUCGACCUGCCCAUCAUUGACUAUGACCUUGCACUUCUGUUUCAACCAAUGCUGGUGUUGGGGAUUAGUAUUGGAGUUGCUUUCAAUGUGAUUUUUGCCGACUGGAUGAUCACUGUCUUGUUAAUCAUCACCUUUCUAGUCACUUCAAUUAAGGCAUACCUCAAGGGUAUUGAAACGUGGAAAAAGGAAACAAUAGUUAAAAUGGAGGCUGCUAGAGCCUCACAAUCAACCGGUAGCGGCAUGGAAGAGGUCGAAUACAAGCCCCUUCCCGAAGGCCCUGGAACUGGCACUCAAUCAGAGACCAAGGAAUCUGAAAAGUCAAAGGUCUCUAUUGUUGACAAUGUUUACUGGAAGGAAGUUGGAUUUCUUUUUGCUGUUUGGAUUAUUAUCCUUGGACUGGAGAUUGCUAAGAAUUACACAACUACUUGUUCAGUGUUAUAUUGGGUGCUAAACCUAUUGCAGAUCCCUGUGACCUUUGGAGUCUCUGGUUAUGAAGCUUUUAACCUGUACAAAGGGCGGAGAGUGAUUGCAUCAAAGGGAGAUGCAGACGCAACUUAUAAACUGCACCAGCUUGUUCUUUAUUGUAUAGGUGGCAUUGUAGCUGGUAUAGUUGGUGGGUUGCUUGGUCUUGGUGGAGGAUUCAUUUUGGGUCCACUCUUUCUGGAGCUGGGAAUCCCUCCUCAGGUGUCAAGUGCCACAGCCACCUUUGCGAUGACAUUUUCCUCCUCCAUGUCUGUCGUAGAAUAUUACCUUCUCAAGCGUUUCCCUGUUCCUUACGCUCUCUACUUUGUUGCUGUUUCAACAAUUGCUGCCAUUAUAGGGCAAUAUGUGGUAAGAAAGGUGAUCGCUAUACUCGGGAGAGCAUCUUUGAUCAUAUUCAUUCUGGCUACCACAAUUUUUGUCAGUGCUAUAUCACUAGGUGGGGUGGGUAUAGCAGAUGUGAUUGAAGAUAUUCAGGAGAAAGCGUAUAUGGGAUUUGAAAACAUCUGCACGUAUGAUGCAUAAUCUUGAUAGUUUUUCCUGACUUUCUGAGUCCCCAAGUUUUAGGUGGUACUUAGAUUUGAAAUUCUUCUCAUGGUCAGUAAUCACAUUGGGACCUAGAGACGAGUAAUAAAUGGAGCUUGAUAACAGAACAUCUCGUAUUUCAGUUCCAUUUUUCUGCUCUGUAUUUUACAAGUUUUCAGAAUUGUUGGACGGAUGGUGCUUUACAGUUUCACACCAGCUGAUCUGUUUCUGAAAUUAGGUGAACUGCAGAUUCAUUGAACUUUUUAAAUUGUUCACACCCCUGCACCUGGGAUCCAGCAACCCUUUCUGUUGGAAUUUAUGCUUUUCAAACAUAAACUAUAUUGCUGCGGAGUUCUGAAAAUCAUAAUUCCAUUAUUGGAUAGGAGUGUCGUGAUCACCUUAAUGAUAGCUUCUUGAUGCUUGUUAGCUUUUUGGAAA